AUGUGAAAAGAAACAAACUAAAAUUAUUUAAAAUUUAUUUUGAAAAAAAUCUAAAAUAACAAGCAAAUAUAUAUUACUCAGAUUAUUAGCAUUAAGUUAAUGCCAUUAAGUAUUUUGCGAAAACGUGAAAAGAAUGGGACGUUUCAAAAUUUAUGAUCCCAAACAAAUGGUAAGGAUUUUAAAAGACCCUAAAUAUGCAAAUUGCUUGCUUUGCGAGAAAAAGUUGAAAAAUGUUAUGGGUAAUAUUAAAAGACACUAUGAACAAAUCCACGAUAUGGUAAUAAGUGCAAAUGGAAAUAAGAAAGAAAGAAAAUCCCAGCAAUUUGAUGUUGAUUAUAAACCUCUAAAUGCACUUAAAAAAAGACGAGAAGAAGAGUCACCGCCAGCAGAUAAUUUAAAGUUCAAACAAAUAAAAGUAGAAACGAAAGAAACUCAAACUAAUGAUAUAGAUUCGCAGCAGCAGAUUGAAGACAAUACAUAUAUUCAUAAUAUACGAAUAGCUGCUUUGGAUUCCUGUUAUAAUGAGGAGCUUUUAAAAUGUUUUAUUGAAACAAAAACACUAUUAAAUAUACCCUUAAAUGAGUUUCGAGAAGGCAUUACAUUCCAAGAAGCCUUGCCAGCAAUGGAACAAAAUUUGAAACUUAAAUACAAUUUGCAAACAGUUGGCGAACAUAUAGAUCAAAUGGCGCGAAAAUUUCAGCAGGAUAUUAGUAAAAUUGUAGACAAUAGAUUACUGUAUCUUAAACUCGAUACGGCUAGUAAAAAGGAGAGUAAAGUUAUGUUAAUAAAUAUACAAUUUAUUAAAGAUUUUGAGCUCAAGGUAUUAACACUAGGCGCUGUAGAAUUACCAAAUGAUACCUCCCUUUAUUUAGAGAAAAAAAUACAAACCACUUUGGAUUACUAUCAGAUAGAUAGUAACCAGAUAAUAUCUACUAUCAAUGACAAUGCCAAUGUCAAAGAUUUCCUUCAUACAAAUGAGAUUGAAGCCGAACAAACAGAAGAAUCUUAUAUUUAUCCUCUAACAAAUGAAUAUUGUCAACAUUUAUGUGAACGAUUUCCAGGGCAUAUUCUACACUUUGCCGCAUGUGAAAUAAUACAACAGUUAAAUGAAAAUAUAAGUCAAAGUCGUGAUUCUGUUAAAAGUCUACGCUUGCAAAUGCCUAGUUUAAAUUUAAAACCCUUACCGGAACUUGACAACACCACCAAUUGGUGUUCCAUUUAUGAUAUGGUAAAAUCUUUACUAAAUAUACGUGGGCUAAUUGAGAAUAAUAUCGAAUUAAUGGUAGAAGUUGAUUGGACUUUUGCUUUAAAAUUUGAAGCCAGUUUUAGACCAGUUGUUAAUACUGCCAUUUUGCUACAAUCCGAUAAUCAUUUUAUAAUGGGGGAUUUCUAUAGAGAAUGGCUAAUGUGUGAAUUGGAACUGGAAGAGUUGGCGAUUAGUAAUGAAUUAGCAUUAUAUUUGCUAGAAUCAUUACGUAAACGCAAAGAAAAUUUAUUUAAAAAUAAAAACUUUUUGGCAGCUCUAUACCUGGAUCCAAGAUUUUGUCAUGAAAAAACUAUACAUUUCAAUAAUAAGCAAAAGAAAAGAGCAAUAGAUGAACUACUUCAAAUAUUCAAUCAAUUAAAAGCAGUACAGAAUAAUCAAAAUAUUUCGAAUAUUUGUAAUAAAUCUACAAAUCGUUAUGCGAAAUUAGAGAGAAAUGUAUUAGAAAAAAUGGAAAUGCCUACAGUUUAUCCGCCAGCAUCUUUAAAUACAAUGGACGACCAAUGGCUAAAAGAAUCAUUAGAGGAAUUGCAAUUUCAGGAAAGGUUACCCUUUAAUGCUAACAUUUUGGAUUAUUGGAAAGUGGUCAAAUAUAAAAAUCCUAUACUGGCAAAGUUAGCCGAAGUAGCUUUGGCAGCUCCUGCUACACAGUCCACAAUUAAUAAAGCUUUAAAGGCUUUGCCCUUAAUGUUUAUGAAACACAAUAAAAUCAUAAGUUCAGUUAAUAUAGAAAAACUAUUAUUACUUAAACUGAAUCAGGAUUUAGUUGAUAAUAUUUCAUAAACAUAAAUUUAAGCAAUAUGUACAUAUGUAUGUAAUUAAUUAUCAUUGUUAUAGCCGCAACGAAUAUUGUAUUAUUUUUUUUAUACAGUUAAAUCUGUUUAUAACGAACUCGGUCAUAUCGAACAUUUUGCCGACAUUUUGGUAACUAUUUUCAUACAAAUUUCAUCUCUUAUAAAUAUGUUUUGAAAUCAUAGGAAAAUAUUCAGCUUUGUUUGAAAAAAUAUUAAAUUAUUAGAAAAAUAUAAAAAAUUUUGUUUUCAUAUUAUUUUAAUUGCAUUCAAUGACACUUUAUUUUUUGAGUUCUUUAUAAGCAGUUUUGUCUGCAUAUUUAUUUAAGUAAAUUAAACUUAAUUAAAGUGAAAUUUUAAAUAAAAUAUAAUUUAUUCGUGCCGGAUAAACUGGUUUUAUGCGCAUUUUCAAAAAUUGUAUAAACGAAAUUUUAAAAGAUUAUUUUGAAUUUGAAUUAAAUAAAUAAAAUUAAAUUUAAGAUUUUUUCAAACAUUGCUGUUAAGUUUUUCGAACGACAUAUGCAUGUAUGUGUUAGGAUGUCCCGUGGACCACUUUUUUUUUAAAGAAAUACCUCUGAACCGAUGAGUAUUUAUGAACUGAACACAAGAAAAGUAAUAAAUAUUUUUUGAAUACAA